CACACGUGACUCCGCGCUGGUCGCUCUCUCCUCCUCCCCCUCCGCUUCCUCCGGGGAGCCAAGAUGGAGUCGCUGAGUAAAGCGGGACAGGAGAUGAGCCUGGCGGCCUUAAAGCGGCACGAUCCCUACAUCACCAGCAUCGCCGACGUGACCGGCCAGGUCGCGCUCUACAGCUUCAGCCCCAAAGCCAACGAGUGGGAGAAGACUGACAUAGAAGGUACCUUAUUUGUGUACAGAAGGUCAGCUUCUCCCUACUAUGGUUUUACGAUUGUGAAUCGACUGAAUAUGCACAACCUAGUUGAGCCAGUAAAUAAAGACUUGGAAUUUCAACUGCAUGAACCUUUUCUUCUUUACAGAAACGCUAGCUUGUCUAUAUACAGUAUCUGGUUUUAUGACAAGAAUGACUGUCAUCGAAUAGCAAAACUCAUGGCUAAAGUGCUACAACAAGAAGCUCAAAGAUCUCAGCAAGUUUCACAAGACAGAAAGAGUCCCAGCAGAACUAAUGGUUGCAGUGAAAACAAACCCAUUGAUAUCCUGGAAAUGCUUAGCAAAGCCAAGGAUGAAUAUGAACGAGCUCAGUUCAGUGACCUAAGUAUUAUAUCAAGCUCUGGAAUGCAGCAAAUUGAGAAUCCCACGAAGACGGAAAGCAUGGAGACUUCAGAACAAACAUCUUCAACAUUGCAAAUGCAAGACCAGCCAUUUCAGUCAACGCACAAACAUCUGACAGUGGAAGAAUUAUUUGGAACCUCCUUGCCAAAGGAACAACCAACAGUUUCAUAUCCUAAUCCAGACAGAAUGGAGAAGUUACAAGCUGACACUGCUGGCAGAGAGCACAACUUAUUUUUGCCUUUUUCACUUGAGCAAACAGCAGUGACACACCAACCAUUGGGGAAACCAGAGGGUACAAGUGUCAAAACCAAUGGCAGUACCUUGAAUCAGCAAGAGCGUGUAACACCCAUGCUGAUUGCUCCAGCUUCAGUUUUGCAGCCUGACGUGAAGAAUGUUUCAAACUAUACAGUUCAAUUAAGCCCUAUUCUUAAUUCAGCCUCAACAACAGAAGCUCCUUCUGCUCAGAUACUUCCCAACCUAAACCCAAACAGUAAUAUAAUGCAAGUUAUGCAUCAAGCUGCUAAACAAAUGUCCCCACUUAUGAAUCAGCCACCAUCUGAUGUGAAUCACAUGCCACAAAAUCUAAUUGCUGGUCAAAACCAGUUCAUAGCACCUUUGGCAGCAACUAAUACAGGAAAUGCUUCAAAUACACCCUUUCCAAAUGUUGACCUUCUCCAGAAACUCAGGUUGACCCCACAGCAGGACCAAAUGCAACAGUCUCUUAGUAAAACUACCAUGGCACCUAGCAUUUCAUCCACAGUUAGCCAACUUGCAACACCAGAAAGCUUCAAAGAAUCCCACACCAAACCAGCAUCAUUGAGUACCAAAAUAAUCACACCCCUUCAGACCAUACAGCAAAACAAGGAGCCAGAUGUGUUUCAACAGCCCAAGGCUUUGCCAAAAGCUAGCCAAGUCGUACCUCCGCAGUUUGUUACAGUUACAACUACAGUGACUCCUUCAAUCCUCUUGUCUCCUAGUGUUUUCCAGCAGUCAGCUACAAAAUCCACUGAAAUAGAGAAUAAAGCCAGCUCCUCUUCUCCUCUAACACUUGGAGCAACAGAAAUUCAGACAACACCUCCUACUGUUCUCAGUAGGUCUCAGCUCCAGGAAACCUUAAUACAUCUAAUAAAGGACCUGCAGCUGCAACAAAAAACACUUGCUGACCCAGGAAAAACCUGGAAACUGAGCUCAACUGCCAGUCUUUUGUGUUCGUUCUUUCUUUCUUUCUUUCUUUCUUUCUCUUUCUUCCUUUCUUUCUUUCUUUCUUAAUUAAUUAUCAGAGGCAGAUUGCACAGUUUUCUGCCUGUAAUCUUGAGGACGCUAUUUGUGCUGUUCCAGUUCCAAAGGGAGCAGUACUUUUUAUGUGCAGUCUGUAUAUGCCGUAUUUAGACAGGAACCUGAAGGUUUAACAAAAUUGUCCUCCCCAGAAGUGGGGAAUUACUAUAAAUAGUGACUGCAGUAGAAUACAAAGGUCUGAAGUGAAUAUUCUUCUCCUUCAGCAUUAUUUGCAUCUUCAUGGUGAUUGAUUAGGUGUCUGUUGUAGGCUUUACCAUUUGACUGUUUAGAACCCAAGAAAACUAGAAUAGCUUUAAAUAUUGCAUAUAAGUUAGCAUGCUUAGUUUCCCAGUAAUAUAUUGAUCUAGAAUUUUAGACCAAGGAACACACUGUGCAUUGUUUUCCAAAUUUGUCUUGGAAGUGUAAGAAAUUGCAGAAAGUCUUUCCAUAUAAUUGCUGGCACUGCUUGGAGAUGGAUUUGGGAGUCAGUGCUGUUCAGGAAUGCACAAAAAACAGAAUUCACUGCACCCCUGCGAUGCUCAGGUAAUGGGACUUGGUGUGGUUGAAGUGAGCAGGAGUUCUGAGGGACAGGGAAACUAGUACCUUCCAAUCUAGGGCCAGGACUGUAGUGCACGUUCUCUUCCACCCACUUAAAACUACUAGUACGCUGCAAGGCGGGAAUGGUGGCUGUUGUCCCUCAGUGCUACUCAGGGCCGGCUCCAGGCCCCAGCGCGCCAAGCGCGGGCUUGGGGCGGCAUGCCGCGGGGGGCACUCUGCUGGU